AUGUUUGGCACGUUGGUCUCCGCCGCCUUUGACCGAGGAACCUUGGAGUACAUUGAGAAUCCAGAUCCUGUUGCUGCUGUCAGCCGUAAUCUCCGAGACAAGAUACACAUUUCUUGCAUGUUUUGCCGCUCUAGAAAGGUACGCUGUUCUGGAGGACGGGGAGGAUGCCAAAGAUGCGUGGCCAUGGGAUUCGAAUGCGUCUAUCCGGAAAACCAGAAGCGGAACAAACGACAGGAAAAGAACAAAAGGAGUCGGACAGCAAUUCAGCGUAAUGAAAACACCUCGACCCGGAUUGUGAGCGAUGAAGCAGACCUUUGCUCCAGGAACGACCACGGAAAGCACGGGGAACAAUUGGCCUUACAUGACUUGCAAAAUAGCAUGUUCGACAAUAGCUGCAUCGAGAACUCUUUUUUUGCGCCUUGGGUUGUGGAUAGUCCAAGGCAGCACGGCUUUGACUGCGGAUCGAGCUCCAGCAGUAGUAGCUGUCCAACUUCCGCCGUAGGCCUUACAAGAAGCGAAUCGCCUUUUUCGGCACGGAGUGGUAGUGACACGGCGGCGGCAAGUCGUGGCCAAGCUCUGGAACUAUCUACGGUGGAUACGUCGCUACUCGGCCUGUCGGCUAUAGACAGCGUACCAGAUUUAUCUUGGGGGGAAGAACCUGACAUAGCGCAUGUCGACAUCGCUUGGGAGAUGAAUACCGAUGGACACGAUAUGGCGGGCUCAGCAUUAGAAUCGCUCUCUCUCGAGCCUCGAGGCAAACCAUGCGCAGAAUUCGACAGCUGUUGUUGUCUGCUGAGCUCCAUAUCCAUUCUUGAGAGACUUGUCUCCAGAUCUACUUCUAGCGAGAAUCGUAUCGAUCUAUUACUCGGCGAAGUUCGCAGUUCCAUUGAAAUGUUGGCGAUAUUUAUGGCAUGUGAGAGGUGUGCGACUCGAGUAGAGCAGAACAUGUUGCUGGCCAUGGUGGCCAGGCAAAUAAGCGUUAUCCUCGAAAAGACGGCCAACUGUUGCAAAGAUAUGCAUCUGUCUGGCCUAGGUGACACAAACUCACCUCAGCAAAUACCCGAGCUCAAUACCUCUACUAUUAACCCUGUCGACAUUUCCGUGUCGACCUACCGCGUCAACCGACGUGAGAGGCGACACCUGCUUAGAAGCCUAGUGACUCUCCAGAUUGUAGAGUUUCGACAGCAAAUCAAUACAAUCAAAUCCCGAUAUCGCAAUCGGCCAAAUCAGGGCCAAAUGGAGGCUCUUAUUGAGGCAGAAAACCAUAUCAAAUUAGCACAGGUUGCUAUCAGCAGCCAUUCAAAUAUUCAUGACAGCUUAUGA